AGUUUUCGAGCGAAAUGUGCUGUUGAUACGGAUCAAUGCUAGGGUGGCAAAUUAUUGAGGUUGCCAUCGCUUGGCCGCUCACAGUACACAUAAAGUGUACAGUUUGACAUCUUGAGCACACAAUGCUCAACCAUUGUCCCUCGUGUGACCACGAAGAGAAUUUACCCGGGGAAAAUCCGUGACAACUGAACAAACCCGCCAAUGAAUGAUCUGCUGACACUAUGUCACUUGCAAGUGUUGCCGAUGGCCGUGUAUGCAAUCGGCGCCGACCUACUCCGACUUAUUCGUGGGUCGUUCGAGCCCUACAUUGGAUCCUAGCUCGUAUGGGUCUACUCCAAACGGUAAUAUUGUUUCUGUGGAUAGCAGAGCGAGCACAACACAACCGAGAGCUCCCCAUCAGUCCGUGGAUGAUAUACACGCACGCCGUGAUUGGCUUCAUUGGGUCGACUGGUCUUUCUGUUAGAUUCCUCUCUCGCAUCUCCUUGUAUGCGCUUUGUGCUGCUCAGCUUCACAUGGCGUACAUUUACCUGAUGGAACCGAAAUUGGGUUACACUCGAUGGCUUCGUGUUCGUGUUACGACGCGUUGUAUUGCCUCGGGAGCAAUUUACCUGCGGAUGCUGGGUAUUCAACAGCCCGAUGGUCAGAUGCCUACCACGACAAAGCCUCGACCGUCUCUCGUAUAUACUAUAGCCUUGGGCCUGAUCUCCGUAUCUAACAUCAUUUCUUCCCUCCUGUGUCUUCCAGUUAGCGUCGCAACCAUCGACCGUGAGGCUCAGCUGGUCGAACAAACUUCCCUUUGGAAUAGCUUAACUGUUCUUGCACCCAUUGCCAAUACAAUCCUUUGCUUGAGUCUUGGUGUAGCCAGCUUGUGUCAUUCCCUACCAUUGCUAAUGUACCACGCGUCCGUCUCCAUUGACCAUACGUUGAACGAGCGCGCUUUUCGUCUGGGUGACAAAUUGACCUUUUUCUCCUACAUCGGAUUAGUUAUUUGCCACGACUCAAAUAUCAACCACUGGGUCAGAAACGGAAGCGAUUUUUGGUUGCAUUGUCAGCUAUUACUAAACUGUUUCAUCGUUUGUGCCGGAAUUUCGGUGACAACCGACCUGUCUCGUGCAGCUGCUCAAACUAACACUUUAUUUCGGAAAGAAAGAUAAUCUGUGUUACCACGUUCCUUUUCUUUUAAGCAACUUUUCCAACGCGCCACCUAUUUUCAUUCUUUUGAGCAUUUGAAUAACUUUAUCUUUUAUAGAAAACGAAUUUGCCUGACCA